GGCAUGGUCGGGAGCGCCAUGGCCGCCGUGCUGGGGCAUGACAUCCACUUCCAUGAUAAAAAGAUUGCUUUGCUGGAGGCUGGUCCUAGGAAGGAAUAUGAUCACGUGCCAGACAGUUACAGCAACAGGGUCAGUUCCAUCUCGCCAGGAUCAGCUACCCUCCUAAGCAGUUGUGGUGCCUGGGAUCACGUCUGCAGCCUGAGACUCAAACCCUUCCGGCGAAUGCAGGUGUGGGAUGCUUGUUCAGAAGCCAUGAUCGUUUUUGAGAAAGAUGACUUAGAUGACAUGGGUUACAUAGUGGAGAAUGAUGUCAUUAUGUCUGCUCUCACAAAACAGUUAGAUGCAGUAGCAGACCGCGUGGAGGUCUUCUACAGGAGCAAAGCAGUUGGGUACACCUGGCCCCUUCCUUCCCAUGGCUGUGGCACAAGCCCUUGGGUCCAAGUUGAGUUAGCUGAUGGACGCAGACUUCAGACCAAGCUGCUGAUUGGUGCAGAUGGUCAUAACUCUGUGGUCCGGAAGGAAGCUGAAAUUAAGAACAUUGAACAUCAGUAUGACCAGUCAGCUGUGGUGGCAACUCUCCAUUUAUCUGAGGCCACAGACAACAAUGUAGCAUGGCAGCGGUUCCUUCCCACAGGGCCAAUUGCACUUCUUCCGCUGUCUGACACUGCCAGCUCUCUGGUCUGGUCUACAUCUCACGACCAUGCAUCGGAACUUCUUGCCAUGGAUGAGGAAAGCUUUGUGGAUAGCAUCAACUCUGCCUUUUGGAGCAACAUAAACCACUCUGACUUCAUUGACACUGCCGGGGCCAUGUUUCGUUCUGCCAUUUCGCUGCUGAAGCCCUUGGGGACUGCAGUCCGCCAGCUGCCCCCGAGCGUUGCUGGCGUGGAUGCAGAGAGCAGAGCCAUGUUCCCCCUGGGGCUGGGCCACGCCACAGAGUACGUCCGGCCCCGCGUGGCUCUCAUCGGGGAUGCAGCACAUAGAGUCCACCCACUUGCAGGACAAGGAGUGAACCUGGGCUUUGGUGAUAUUGCAUGUUUAGCUCAUCACCUCAGUGCAGCAGCCUUCAACGGGAGCGAUCUGGGCUCCUUAAAACACCUCCUCAAGUUUGAAACAGAACGUCAGAGGCAUAAUGUCUCCUUGUUAGCUGCUACUGAUAUGCUAAAAAGGCUGUACUCUACCACACUGGCUCCUCUGGUGUUGCUGAGGACAUGGGGAUUGCAAGCAACAAAUGCUCUGCCUCCUGUCAAAGAGCAAAUCAUGGCUUUUGCCAGCAAGUGAUCUGUUGUCAGUCUGCCUGUCAGCAGCUUGCCUAUGAAUGCAUUGCCUUUAAAAGGACUGUGACUUACUUGAAUCUUUGAAUUUUUAUUUUAAUUUACAAUAAAAGUGACGGAUUGAGCUGUGUAUUACACCA